AUGGCCUCAAAAGCAGUAGCGAAAGCGGCGGGAUCCGCGAUGGCCAUCAGCCAUAAACACACCGUUCAAUCGACGGGAAUCUGGGAACGCAUCCGCCGUGUCCUCGCUGUUGACCCAGAGCGCAGCAACGGUAUUCCCCUCAAUCCAACCUUCCGUUGGCCCACGCCAGGCGGCAACGACCCGCUCUCCUACGACGACCCCGUCACGGCGCCCGCGGGCGACAUCGCCGACAACCCCUACUGGAAGCGCGACGCGCGGCGAUCAUACCCAAAGCUAUCCUUCGUCAACCAGGGCGAUGUCGUGGCCCUGCUGAGCGUCGGCAGCGCUACCGCACCCAAGGCGGAGCUCGUCGGCGAGGCGGGCGAGAAAGCGCUGGUCGCGGCGAAGGAAGAGGGCGCUGCUGAGGGAGGACUGGCGGCUUAUUUUGAGAAGACGGGGGGUAUAAUAGCCGCGAAGGACGUGCUUAUUGAUGGGCUGCCGCCGUUGCCAAGUGGGCAGAGUCUGAAGAAGGAUGGGAGUGGGAAGUGGGGGGUCACGGAGUACACGUUGAAUGAGGAGCAGACAUAUCCUUCUGAGGCGUACCCAUGUCGAACUUUCAGAUAGAGAGGGUGUGACCCGGUAGUGGUGGAUGUGCCAGGAAAGCAGCAAAGACUUGUACAUGUGAGGCAAGGGUAUAGAUUUCAUUGCGUUGUCAAGAUUCUCCACGAAUGCCCGGGGGCUGUCUUCAUUGUUAGAGCUCCUAUUCUGAACUGUUCUCGCCCAAUUUGUCAUCUGUACAGUGCCCAUCUAGCACCCCGGUAUCCAUGCUCCUACUGAACAUGGUCCACAAUCGUCCUGUUGUGUGUUCCCCGCCUGGGCUUUUGUUCAGGAUGUAUGGAUUAGCAUCUUCCAGCAGAAUCCUUCGCUGGCUGUGGGCGGAAUGUACCUCCUCGGCGCGGGGUCA